CUGAUACAUAAUUGUUUUCAGGUUGAUACAGUCGUACACGUAUUGCCUACGUCAACUGUUGAUGAAGACCAAAGUACCUGUGGAAAGGUACUAUCGGUGCAAAACCAGCCGAUUCUGAGUCAGAUUCUUCACAUUAAUCUUGAUCAUUACCCAGGAUGGAGCGUUCGUUUUGCGUUCACUACGGACAAGCACCUCAACGCCGCCGGCGAAUUCGCCCUCUAUCAAGUAAAUGUAACCGCUAACUAUCCAGCCACGAAGGACUUAUUCACAAAUGCUCCAGAUUCCGUCUACAACUACUUCUUACCUGUUGACCUAAAGAAUGUUCCU